CCAUAUAACCAAGUCCACCAUUAUAUCCAAUCCCAGUGCUGGAGCGGUUUAACAAACACUUACACUUGUCUCUUAAUAAUAUUUAUAUUUUUUUAAAUCAGUUAAUUAAUAUUAUAUAUUUAUAUAUAAUGCAAUAAAACGCAUGCUUUUACUCAUCCCCUUCCAUUAUUCACCUCAUUAAACCUCCUUUUUUCCUUGCAUUAAAAUCUUCCCUACUUCAUAUACCUCUCUCAAUCUUCCCCACCACCACCGCACAGAUGGGGAACUCGGCCCCCCGCCGCCUCUCCGCCGCUGCCGCCACCGGAGAGGUCAUCCUGUCGAACGGCGCCGUUUUCACGUACGACAGCCCCCUGACGGUGGCAGAGCUCAUGCUGGAGCACCCGCAGGAGGUGGUGGUUGAAUUCCAGCCGGUCGUGAAGGGGAAGAAACCGACGCCAUUGCCGGCGGAUGAAAAGCUCGAAGCGAACAAGCUCUAUCUUAUGCUCCCUGUAAGAAGGGGCAAGCCGAGCCCGUUGUCGUCUGAAGAAGCACACAAGCUUCUGACGAAAACCAACUCUUUCUUGAAAUCGAAACCCCUUUUGUCCUACACCGGGUUUCUCCCGCUCUUUGUCAGGAUUUGUCCGGCGGUGGUCGGAGGGAAACACGGCGGCGUUUUUGUGGAGGAGAAGAAGAAGAAGUGCUUGGGUGACGGCAGCUGCCGGAAAGAGGAGGAGACAGGGGGCGGCGGCGACGACUACUUUAUGGAUAUAUUGGAGGGGGGGAGGCCGGAGUUUUUGAGCAGGCAAAUAUCAGGUAAAGGGUGGAAGCCUAGUUUGGAUACCAUCAAGGAAAAAGCUAUCAAGCCAAAAGUUCCCAAUUGGAUCAUUUAAUCUAAAUCAAUUAAUUACUAAAUU